AAAUACACUCAUAUAAUUUUUAGAACUUCGAAAAAUUAGGUAUGAGAGAUAAAUUUGAGUGUGCAAGUAUUCUGUAAAAUAGGCCUACAACUUCUUUGGUCAGGUUUUCCAAGGAGUCCCCACUCCCCAAAUGAAGUGAUUUAUGUAAAGUUGCCUGAGCUCCGCAGCAGAAUUCAGAAAAUGCUAAGAAGGGGAAGUAGCACCAACGCAAGAACAAGGGAGGAAAUUUUGUACUGGAGAAACUUGAAUCCUUUUUUUAAAGUUGAUCUUCAUGCAGAUUUUCGUUCUGGACUGGAGAUUCCCCUAUAUUUCUCUGAAAAUGUGAAGGGGAAGUUACAUCAUAAUGUGGUUCUCAAGGGGCCGAGUGCCGAUAUUGAUACAUGGGAUGUUCAGCUUAAAACGAAUGACGACACAACUCGAUUUGUCGGAGAGGGUUGGCAAGACUUUGUGACUGCUUUCUCUUUGGAAGAGAACGACAGUUUGGUGUUUAAAUACAAAAACAACUCUUACUUCAAAGUCAGAAUUUUCGAUGGGAAAACAUCAUGUGAGAAGGAAUCAUCUCAUUUCGUCAUAAAAUCUGUCUCCAACAGAACAAAAGAGAGUUGCUCACCAGUUCAGAAUACCCAAAGCUUUAAGCAGGAAAUUGAAAGUGAAGGAGAAAAGAUCAGACAUAAUGAUUAUUAUAGCUCAAUAGUAGGAGGUUUAAAAGAGAUUGAAUCCGAUGACUCAGACGACCAACCUUUGGUAUUUCGUAGAAGAGAGAUACCAAAAAUAGUAGGAGGUUUAAAAGAGAUGGAAUCCAAUGACUCAGACGACCCACCUUUACUAUUUAGUAGAAGAGUGAUACCAAAAAUAGAACCAGAAGGGGGAUAUAUGUAUCCUCUGCGAAGCAGGGAACAUACAGCGAAGGAGAUAGAAAGGGUCAGGCAACAAGCAAAAGAGAUACAAAGGCUCACAAAAAAUAGCUUUUUUGUAGCUUUAUCACGCUCACAUGUUUCUGGAACGAUGAAGUUGGGUAUUCCAAAACAAUGGUGGAGUGACUUUGUCAAGGCCAAGAGUAGUAAACAUUUGGUACUCCGUCUGAAGGAUGAAUUGGAUUAUGACCCACAGUUGUAUUUCUGCUGCUAUGAUGGGUCGAAUUCUAGUGGAACAAUCACUACUGGCUGGAAAAACUUUGUUCAGAAGAAUUCCUUGUAUGAAUUUGAUUGUUGUGUCUUCAGUAUCGAUAAGCCAUUGGAAGAAAACUGUGUUUUUAUUCCCUUGGAAGUUCAAAUCAUACGCGCUAUGCUUCCAUAGAGAUUGAAUUAAGUUCUUCAAUCUGAUCACAAAGUUGUAGAUGUUGGAAAGUAGGCGUACCAAAGAUGAUAUCUGCCUGAAAUCUUUUGUGUUUUGACUUACACAGUAGGUCUACUCAUGCACUUAUAUAGCUAACUAUAUUAGAUCGUCUCCUCUCAAAAAAAAAAUCGUCUAGUUACGGAUUUUGAUUUACGCACAAGUUUUGUUGCACACUGGUUGGAUCAUUUUGUUUUUUGAUCAUUGUAUAUGAAUAAUCCGUUUUCUUUUAA